AGAAGUUGCACAAUUUAAAUUCAAAAUUCAUAUCUAAAGAGAUUAUGAGCUGUGUUCAUGGGGCUGCCUUACACUAGCACGGGUGGUUAAAGAACUUUGUCUCUUCUGGCGAUGUCUCCUCUCUGUUUUUUUUUGCUUUCCCCCCCCCCCCCCCCCCCUUUUAUUUUUCCCAGACACGGGAAGAUUUUUGCAUCAUGUUUGGUUAAAACUUCCAUUCCCAUCGGAGGAAGGCGCUGGCUCACUCCACUUCCCGCCCCAGGGGGAUGAGCCUGCGGUGACCGGCGCGAUGCCCAAGGAACAGCAUCGGGAUCGGGACGGCGUCUCAUCCUUCCCCGGCCCCGCAGUGCGGAAGCUCCCGGGAUGCUUCGAGAUCCUUCGGUCACAUCCAGGAUGAGAGAAGUCGGGCUAAGACGGAUCGGUGCCCUGCGCCAUCCGUACCUGGGAGCCCAGCCAUCCCCUUCUCUUUCUGGAAAUCGCUGAGGUUUUCUGGCCUCUGUUUAAAACAAAACAAAACAAAACAAAACAAACAAACAAAAAAAAAAACCCCACACAAAAAACCAAACCAAACCAAAACAAAAAAAAAAAAACCGAGAGAGAUAAUGACACCACUGCUAGCAGAGGCGAGCGGUGAAUCACGCCAUGCUCCCCCAGGCUGUCUGUCACGGGGGAAUGUGGGAUGAAGGAUACUCCUUCGCCACCCCACCCGCGUUCUCCACCCUGAACUUUACCCGACUUCUCAGACCCGCUCGGGCCCGCCCAAUCGAUGCAUAUUUAUGAAGGGCCACACCCAACCCCGCCUCUCAUUGGCUGCUCCUUGCCCUCUCCCGCUUCCAUUGGUCGGUGCUGCCGCCGCUCCGGGCGCGGGGCGGGGCGGCCGCGCCCGCGCCCGCGCCUCCCGGGCGGUGACUCACAGGGCGUGGAGUGCGGGUCCUGCAGCGGCAGCGCAGCCCGCGCCUCCCCCCCUCACCCGCGCCACUCAUUGUUCCGCCCGCUCCAGGCACCAUGGACGAGCUGGACCAGUCGUCCCUGGUCUCCUCCUCCUCCGGGCCAGCCCGGCCACAGCAGCCACAGUUUAACUACCAGUUCGUGCUCGACGACGAGAAGGAGGAGGAGGAAGAGGAGGAAGAGGAAGACGAGGACGAAGACUUCGACGAGCAGCUGGAGGUGAUGGAGAGGAAGCCCGCUGCGGCUCCCGCCGCAGCUCCACAGGAGCGGCCGCCGCAGCUGCUGGACCUCGGUGGCCCCGCCGAGCCGCCCCGCCCCGCCGCUCCGGAGCCGCCGCAGCCCGACUGGAGCCCCCGGGGAGCUGUGUCCUCUUCCUCUUCCUCCGCCGCCACGCCGUCCCCCGCGCAGGAGCAGCCCCCGGCCCCCGCCCGGCCCGCGCAGCCCCAGCCGCCCAAGCCCGAGCCUGUCGUUGCCCCCCGGAGCAGAGGGUCCUCCUCCGGCUCAGCUGACUGUAAACUCUUUUGUCAGAGGCUUGUCACACAAGAUGAGACCCUUUUUGCUCUUCCUGCUACAUCUGCGCCUCUGAUGCACUCCUCUGCAGAAAAGGUUGUGGACUUGCAGGAGCAGCCAGGUAGCACUAAGUCGCUUGGGCAAGAGGAUUUUACUGCAGUCCUGCUUGAUCCUGCUCCUUCUCUUCUUUCCUUCUCUUCUCUCUCAGCUGAUCCCUUUAAAGAGCAUGCAGCCUUUGGUACGCUCUCAGAUGGAUUUCCUGCAAGUGAUACUUACAAAGAGAGCUCCAAUGAGGUUUAUAAAGAACCUAUGAAAAACGCCAGAAACCCCUUUCUUGUAGAGGGAAAUGAUAAAGACGUUUCAGAGAUGACAUAUUCACAACCCCCAUUUACUAAAGAAGAAGCAGCCAUUUUAUCUCCAGAUAAAGAAAAAACACAGCUAGAGGGCCCUAAAGAAUUACCUAACCUGGAGAAAACACCUGCACAGCAGCUGAAAAUGUCUCCAGAAUCUCCCCAAGAUUUAUUUGAAAGAAACGAGGAAGAUCUCUUCUAUAACAAAGACAAGUACAGAAGAGCUGGUGAUCAUGAUGAAGAAAGGGUGCUGAAAGAAGACCCUCUUAGGAGGGAAGAAUAUGCAGACUUCAAACCAUUUGAGCCAAUAUGGGAAGUCAAAGGUGCUAGUCAUGGACUGAGCAGCAUGAGAGAGGAUGUUGGAAGUAAGAUAGAUGCCAAGCUGGAGAGCAGUUCAGAUGACAAAUAUGGUGUGGGUAUGCUGAAUGUGCAGAAGGAUUAUGAAGGAGAGAAUGAAGGCAGUGCUGAAGAGCCCUCCUUCCCAAGCACCCCAGAAGCUGCAAAAGAACCGUCACAGACUUACAUCACUUGUACUAAAUUUGACUCUUCUCCAAGUCCUGCUGGUAACAAAGGCAAAUCUCUUUCUCCACUAGAGGAAGGCGCUUCAGAAAACAGAACUGACGAUGAGAAAAAAAUCGCAGAACUGCAAGCUCAGAUGGGCCCAGAACAAAGUAGAUUUGCUGCUGGAGCAGUUGGGCAGGAAGGGCAGGGAGCUGACCCUGCUAAAGCACAGGGGGUCCCUCCAGUUUCAUCCGACAAUGCCACAAACAUGCCCGAGGGUCUCACUCCUGACCUGGUGCAGGAGGCAUACGAGAUGCAUGAUGCAGCCUGCACAAAGCUGGCCUAUGAAACCAAGAUUGAUUUAGUGCAAGCCUCCGAGGCGGCACAGGAGACUCUGAAACCUGUGGCACAAAUUUGCCCCUCCUUCAAAGGCUCAGAAGCUGCUCCAUCACCCAUAUUGCCGGAUAUCGUUAUGGAAGCUCCGCUCAGCACCAGCACUGCUGCAACAGAGGCAUCUGCUGUGCAGCUGGAAGCUUCCCCACUAGAAACAUUUAUGCCCACUGCCAAGUAUGAGAGUGUAAAAGAGGCUGAAAAACCUCCUGUAUACCAAGAGGCAGUGAAUGCACCACUCACACAGGCCCAGGAAGCAAAGGAGACAUUGGCAUUCAAACAACCUGAUGGGGAGAGUAGCACCACUCCUGAAGAUCUUGAGACUCCUUAUAUAUCUAUUUCAUGUGACUUAAUUAAGGGAACAAAGGUGUCUGGUGAAUCUCCUUCUCCAUCUUUCCCAGAGUAUUCAAAGAUGCCGGUAACAGAAAGCAUUUCUCGGGAUGUGCCUGAAGACAAGGAACUAGAUGGUACUCUGUCUCCACAGUUUGCAAAAGCUGGCCUGUUUAACAGCCGGAUGAUAUCUGACUUUGCUGAGGAAGCAAGUGAAGAUCCAUGUCUCCUUUUAAAAAGUAAAUCCACUGAGAGCAUUGCAACUGAUGAAGAACAUGAGGAAGGACUGGUAGAUUCAGUAGCUGCCACUGGCAAGCCUUACCUGGAGUCAUUCCAACCUGAGCUGGACUCUUCAAAAAUUGUUGCUGCUCCACCAUCUGAGUUAAUACCUGCAAAAAUAGCCAAGGCAGAUAAGAUUCCUUUUCAAAUGGAAAAGCUGGAUGCUUUGGCUUAUUCAGCUGAUGCAUCUGUUGCUAUGGAACCAAAAACAGGAGAUGACAAAGCUCUCUCACCCAUGGAGUCUUCCCCAGUGUCAGUGGAAGAAGACUUUGUGAUGUUAGGUCAUCCUAGAACUGUUCCUGAAUUAGUGACAGAAGCCCCUGACCGAGAAAUAAGGCACAAAGAUGAAGUUGAAGACAUCAGUAAGGUGAUCCAGUGUGAGAAGAGGCAGUUGCCUUGCCCAGAGCUGCCCUGUGAUCAGUCUGUGAAGAAUGUAGAAGUAAAAGCUGAGGAAGAUAGCAAUGCCUUGAAAAAGUCUUUGGAGGCUGUGGACAGAGAAAUGCCUGAAGCGUACACCAUGUCCUUACCAGCCACGGAUACCUCACCUUUACCUGAUGAAAAAGAGAUAGUCAGUGUAGUAAAACCAGGAGCUUUUGAGAAGGAAGCUGAGAAAGAGGCUGCUUCUGUUAAAGAAAAGAAAAAAACUACUGCUGUAUUUUCAGCAAAGCUGAAUAAGUCUUCAGUUGUUGACCUCCUUUACUGGCGAGACAUUAAGAAGACCGGGGUGGUGUUUGGAGCCAGCUUGUUCCUGCUGCUCUCAUUAACAGUGUUCAGCAUCGUGAGCGUCACAGCCUACAUUGCCCUGGCCCUGCUCUCUGUCACCAUCAGCUUUAGGAUAUACAAGGGAGUUAUCCAGGCAAUCCAGAAGUCUGAUGAGGGCCACCCCUUCAGGGCUUACCUGGAUUCAGAUGUGGCCCUGUCCGAGGAGCUCAUCCAGAAGUACAGCAACGUUGUGCUGGGCCAUGUGAACGGCACCAUCCGGGAGCUGCGGCGCCUCUUCCUUGUCGAUGACCUGGUGGAUUCCCUCAAGUUCGCAGUGUUGAUGUGGGUUUUCACUUAUGUUGGUGCCUUGUUCAAUGGUCUGACAUUACUGAUCCUGGCUUUGAUUUCGCUCUUCAGUGUUCCUGUUAUUUAUGAGAGACAUCAGGCCCAAAUCGACCAUUACCUGGGACUUGCAAACAAGAAUGUCAAAGAUGCCAUGGCAAAGAUCCAAGCAAAGAUCCCUGGGUUGAAGCGCAAAACUGAGUAAGAAAAAGCCUGAAGCAACUUAUCAAUAGGAAGUUCAUCUUUUAAGGGGGAAGAAUAUUCAAUGGAUUUCCACGGGGAGGGUCAGGGAAUAGCAAACCCCUUGACAUUGCAGUGCAAUUUCACAGAUCUUUAUUUUUUAGCAACGCAGUGUUUGAGGAAAAAUAACUGUUUUGACUGCCAUGUGUUUCAUCAUCUUAAGUAUUGUAAGCUGCUUUGUAUGGAUCUAAAACUAAUCAUCUUUCCUUAUCCUGUGUGCAGUACUGGCUAAUACAAAUGACUGAGACAGCUGUACAUUUGCUUCAUCAGAGGUAGUUCCUGCUGCGUGCUGGAGGUGUAGAGCAGGUGGGGCAGAGGAGAAUACUUCCCAGUUUGUGCACUGUGUAUGGUCUGUGUAGAUUGAUGCAGAUUUUCUAAAAUGAGAUGUUUUAGAGGAAUAUACCAGUUUAGCAAGUUUUGAAAAAUCUUGCCUUUUUGGUUUGAGUAUAGCUGUAUUGUGAUUUUAUUGUUUUAUCAAUUGCAUAUAUAUAUAUAUGUGUGUAUAUAUAUAUAUAUGUGUGUGUGUGUGUGUGUGUGUGUGUGUGUGUGUGUGUGUGUGUGUUUCACAAAGCUUAGCUCUUUCAGCUGCUCCACAGUGUUUUGUACUUCAGAGAACUGACUAAGGCCUGGAUGAGCUCCAGAGCACACAAGCUUGAGAAACUAAAGUCUCUGUAAACACUGGCAUCUGUUGGAAGCAACAAAAGAAAAAUGAACAAAGAACCUCCACGUAGAGUAAAAGAAAAUUACAGCAUACACUUUGUUGCACAAACAUACAGUAGUUGAUCUUGAGCAAAUAAUUCUCCAGCGCUCAGACUCUGAUAAUCUGUGGACCGAGUAUCUAAUGCUGCAAAUGGUGUUUGGAAACUUAAAGCCCUGUCCUGUCAUGCAAGAAAUGAUAAGUGAAAAUUUAUACACGUGCAGUUUGAGCUGUACUGAACUAAGUCUGUGGAAUGCAUUGUGAAAUGUAAAAAAAACCAACCAAACAAAAACCAACAAAAAAAGGCAAAAAAACCCCCCAAAACCAACC